AUGCACCCCCGGAAUUGCGGGCUCAGCUGCAGUCCCUCCUCACAGUCACUCUCUACCUCCAAGCAGUCCUCCCCACAUGCUCCGCUCCUGGUGCUGCCCCCCGAGCUGCUAGUUCCGCUGCUUUGCGCCAGGCUGCUGCUUCCGCUGCUAGACCGCCGGCUGCGCCGCCACCUGCCCAGCCGGAGGGGGGACUCCGACCGCGAGGACGCGCGGGACGAGCUCGCGGAAUUGUUUCCGGAAUUUCCCGCGCUGCUAGUGGCGCAGACACUGGCGGCUCUGCUUCCCGCAGGCGCAGCAGCAGAGUCCGCGGCUCCGCUGGCGCAGGCGGUGGUUGCCGCGGAGGCGGAUGACCUGUCCGCACCGGAGCUAUUCUCCGCUGCGCCGUUGACUUCGCGCUGA